AUGACUCCAGAGCCCGGAAUAUUUAUCGACCAAAAAAUUAUAUUAUUUGACAGUAAGGACUUUGGCAUUAACAAGACCAAUGCUUUUUCCUUAGAUCUUUCUGUAAGUUGGACCACAUCAGAACCAGCAUUCGACAAAAUUGGUGGUCCAUUAAAUGAGUUGACGUUUCGCCGUACUACUUUUAGUGCGCUUAAAAAAAACAAUCGUUCGUUAAUAUAUGCUUUUGGUGGAUUAAUUCCGUCCAGUGAAAGUAAUUGGAAUCGAGGAACUUACGUAGACGAUUUUUAUCAAAUUGAUGUAACGUCUUAUCCAAUUUCAAUUUCGUCUGUUAUAUCCGGAGAUAUUAGACCAAGCGUGCGAUGCG